AGUUUCUGUUACUUAAGUUAUAACUAUAGUUGUAUGCUGAUCGUUCUCGGAGGUCCAGCGCGUUUUCGUUUCGUUUUACAUCAGUAGUUUUACUUAGAUAGGGUUGGGUUCGUUUCACAUAAAUGCACUUGAAGUUUUGUUUUAGUGUCACCUUCACCUGAACUUUUUAUUCUUGUUUAUUCCCGUUCUUGCGCACGGUUUCUAGUCGUUCUCCGAGAACGCCGUGAUUUAUCAGUUUAUUGUAAAGUAUUUCAGUAUUUAGUGCGUGUUCGCGAUGACUUUGAAGGAUAAACGACAAAGUCCUCAUCCAUUCGUUUAUGAAGUGGAUCUAACAGCUGCUCAGAGGAUUCAGGGCCUCAUUCUGGGAGUCGUCCUGUUCCCGGUCCGCAUCACUCUUACCGCCCUGUUCUUCCUGCUCAUGUGGCCCAUUGCUCGUCUGCGAUUGGCCGGGCUGUCGGAGGCGGAGCGGGCGAAGCCUGUGCAGGGCUGGCGUCGCUGGUUCCUCCACCACAUCAUACUCUUCCUCAGCCGGGCCGUCUUCUUCUCCCUGGGCUUCUUUUGGAUUAAGGUCAGAGGGCGUCAGGCGGGCCUGAGGGAAGCUCCGGUUUUGGCUGUGGCGCCUCACAGCGGGUUCCUGGACAUGCUGGUUCUGUGCGCGUUGGGCCUGCCGACCGUUGUGUCGCGAUCCGAGAACUCCAAACUCCCUGUUAUAGGAGCGCUGCUGGAGUUUAAUCAGGCAGUGUUGGUGAACCGGAAAGAUCCUGAAUCUAGGAAGAAAUGUGUGUCUCAGAUCCGUGAGAGAGUCACCUCAGACGGCCACUGGCCUCAGAUGCUCAUGUUUCCUGAAGGAACAACGACUAACGGCCAAGCUCUUCUCAAAUUCAAACCUGGUGCGUUCCUGGCAGGAGUUGCUGUUCAGCCUGUCUUGCUUCGCUAUCCCGGUGAACCGGACACAGUUCGGUGGACUUGGAAAGGAUUGUCGUGGCUCGGCACUCUCUGGCACACCACCUCUCAGAUCUACACCAGGGUCACUGUGGAGUUCCUGCCCGUCUACACGCCGUCACAGGAGGAGAAGGAAAACCCGGAGGUGUACGCUGAGAAUGUGCAGAAGCUCAUGGCCAAAGCUCUCGGUGUUCCUGCCACUGAUUAUGUGAUGGACGGACGCUUUCCGGUGAAAAAGCUUGGAAACCUUUCGCUUCCACUGGAAUCCCCGGCUCAGGCCACGCUCAAACUGCUCCAUAAACAAGGUCUUACGAACGCUCGAGUGGAGGCUGUGAUGAACGACAUGAUUGACAGCUGUCACUCAGGCCAGAGCGCCAUGGUACCAGCCGACCACCUGACCUCUAUUUUGGGGCUCAAGGACAGAAAUACGGCGGUGAAGAUCUGCUCGCUCUACUCAAAGGCAAAGGACGAUACGGUGGACAUGAGACAGGUGUGUUUGAGUGUGUCGGCCGUUUCUGGCUUCAGGAGUCUGGAGUCUCUCAUACACACGGCGUUCACGUGGUUCGACACGGACCAGGAUGGGCUUCUGAGCGCGGGCGAUCUGUCCGGCCUGAUGGGGGCGCUGGUGGGAGUCCCGCAGUACGCGAUAGACGAGAUGUUCUCAGCGCUGACCACCAGGGGGCGACCGACUGAAGCUUCUCUGCAGGACUUAUUGAUGACGCAUCCAGUUUAUCGGAAAGUCUUUACAGAGUAUCUCCGUUCCACUGAGGCCACGGCGGGAAAUCACAAUGCCGUUCCCAAUGGGAAGGCCAACGGCAACGACGGGAUUUAUAACGGCUAUGGAUCGACCAAUAGGAAGUCAGACUGAGGAGCGUCGCUUGGUCGGUAGCAAUGCCGCAAUACCGGAACGAACGUCCCACUGCAUGUGCAAUAACUGAGAUAUGAAGCUAUGUGUGUGAAAGGGUUACGUUUACAUGUGUGCAAGUGAUUUCUUAUUAAUCUGCGCCGGUUUCUUGUGGGCACUGGGAACGAUACUGUGAGAGUGUAACACUAAAGGAAUGUGCCUUGGAACAAGAACCUAUCCACAAGUUUCCUACGCCCCAUGAGGCCUUGCGUCAAAAGUGGGCGCGACUUCCGGUUGGAAGUAAACAAAG